UCAGCAGACGCCAGACACCUUACAAACCACAUUUCCUCGAUUCAGUCGCCUGCAGCCGUACAACUUUUCCCUCAAGGUCUCCUUGGAAUGGCAGCGGAAGCCCAGCGCGGCUCGUUCGUGGGAAACGCGCGGUCUUCGGGAGGUCUCCGUAAGCCGAUCCUUUGAGGGGACGUCGUGGAUUCACUUUCGCGAGAAGCUAGAAAUACGAGCAGCGCGUUAAAUCCGCGGCGCGAGCGAGCGUGCGUGCAGUGUGUAGACAUGGCAGGGCUGUGCACAUCCGGGCCACAGGACCGUGACUCCAUUAUUUUCUGUUCACUGUGAAACUGGCGUUGAGGGCGACCAAAAAGCGACUCUAUAGCGCGUUCGACUCGUUUUCUGCAGUGAUCGACCUGGAUAAGGGCCGAGGACAUGUCUAAUCAAGGAGUUAGAAGAAACGGACCCGUUAAGUUGCGUUUAACAGUUCUGUGCGCAAAGAACCUGGUGAAGAAAGACUUCUUCCGACUGCCGGACCCCUUUGCCAAGGUGGUGGUGGACGGCUCGGGGCAGUGCCACUCGACAGACACCGUGAGGAACACGCUGGACCCCAAAUGGAACCAGCAUUAUGACCUGUACAUCGGGAAGUCGGACUCCAUCACCAUCAGUGUGUGGAACCAUAAGAAGAUCCAUAAGAAACAGGGAGCCGGAUUCCUGGGAUGCGUACGACUCCUCUCCAACUCCAUUAACCGACUCAAGGACACAGGCUAUCAGCGUCUGGACCUGAACAAGCUGGGGCCCAAUGACAGCGAUACCGUGAGGGGACAGAUAGUAGUUAGUCUUCAGUCCAGGGACAGGAUAGGCACCGGAGGGCCAGUGGUGGACUGCAGUCGUCUGUUUGACAACGACCUGCCUGAUGGCUGGGAGGAGAGGAGAACUGCAUCUGGCCGGAUCCAGUAUCUGAAUCAUAUCACACGCAGCACCCAAUGGGAGAGACCUACCAGGCCUGCGUCUGAGUACUCCAGCCCCGGCCGGCCGCUCAGCUGCCUGGUGGACGAGAACACGCCCAUCAUGACACCCAACGGGGCGGCGGGCGUUCCUGCGGAUGACCCCCGGGUACAGGAGCGCAGGGUUCGCUCUCAGAGACACAGAAACUACAUGAGCAGAACUCAUCUACACACACCGCCCGACCUGCCCGAGGGAUAUGAGCAAAGGACCACGCAGCAGGGUCAGGUGUACUUCCUGCACACGCAGACGGGCGUCAGCACGUGGCACGACCCCAGGGUGCCCAGGGAUCUCAGUAAUGUGAAUUGUGAGGAGUUGGGCCCAUUGCCUCCAGGCUGGGAGAUAAGAAACACAGCCACCGGACGAGUGUACUUUGUGGACCACAACAACCGAACCACACAGUUCACAGACCCGCGCCUCUCCGCUAACCUGCACCUCGUCCUGAACCCAAGUCCGAACGGCUCCCGUGCUGCCGUCGAGGCUCAGAGCAGUCGUCCCGGGCAGCUGAAGGAGCAGGCUCAGUCCGUCGUGUCUCCCGGAAAUCUCCCCGAGGACCCAGAGUGUCUCACGGUGCCCAAGUACAAGCGGGAUCUGGUGCAGAAACUGAAAAUCCUGCGGCAGGAGCUGUCCCAGCAGCAGCCGCAGGCGGGACACUGCCGUGUCGAGGUCUCGCGUGAGGAGAUCUUUGAGGAAUCAUACCGGCAGGUGAUGAAGAUGAGGCCGAAGGACCUGUGGAAGAGGUUGAUGGUCAAGUUCAGAGGAGAGGAAGGACUCGACUACGGUGGAGUCGCUAGGUACUGGUUGUACUUGUUGUCACACGAGAUGUUAAAUCCAUACUACGGACUCUUCCAGUAUUCACGAGAUGACAUCUACACGCUACAGAUCAACCCUGACUCUGCCGUCAAUCCGGAGCAUUUGUCUUAUUUCCACUUUGUGGGGAGGAUUAUGGGAAUGGCUGUUUUCCACGGGCACUACAUAGACGGAGGCUUCACGCUGCCCUUCUACAAGCAGCAGUUGCUAGGGAAACCCAUCACUCUGGACGACAUGGAGUCGGUGGAUCCGGAUCUCCACAACAGCCUCGUCUGGAUCCUAGAUAAUGACAUCACCGGGGUGUUGGACCACACGUUCUGCGUCGAACACAAUGCAUAUGGAGAGAUCAUUCAACACGAGCUCAAACCCAACGGCAAGAGCAUCCCUGUCACCCAAGACACCAAGAAGGAGUAUGUGAGGCUGUAUGUGAACUGGCGCUUCCUGAGGGGCAUCGAGGCUCAGUUCCUGGCCCUGCAGAAAGGCUUUAACGAGGUCAUCCCGCAACACCUACUCAAGGCGUUCGAUGAGAAAGAGUUGGAGCUUAUUGUGUGCGGGCUCGGGAAGAUCGACAUCAACGACUGGAAGUCAAACACGCGUCUGAAGCACUGCACUCCUGACAGUAACAUCGUGAAGUGGUUCUGGCGGGCCGUGGAGUCGUAUGACGAGGAGAGGAGAGCCAGACUGCUGCAGUUUGUCACCGGCUCCUCCAGAGUCCCGCUGCAAGGAUUCAAAGCCCUGCAAGGUGCUGCUGGACCACGUCUCUUCACCAUCCAUCAGAUCGACGCCAGCACCAACAACCUGCCCAAAGCACACACUUGCUUCAACCGCAUCGACAUUCCUCCGUACGAGAGCUACGACAAACUCUACGACAAGCUGCUGACGGCCAUCGAGGAGACCUGCGGCUUCGCUGUGGAAUGAUGCUCUGCCGCCGGCGCUCGCAGAGGAACCUUUCUCCAGGCGGGACGGACCUGUCAGUCAGCCGGCAGACGUGUGGGCCUCAGACGCAGGGGCUGAGCUGAGGAAGGGUGGACAACACCGCGGCACUCCACGCCUGGUGCUGCUACACAGAUCUUUCUGCAUUAUUCGAAAAGAAGAGAAGAAAACAACGUAUCUUUUCAGCUGCUAGUAACUCUUUUACUUACUAUUUUGGAACCUCCUCUUCCUCCUUUUUUUUUUUUUCUCUCGAGUCCAUACGUUGAUUUUUAGCAUUAAGACAGCAUAUUAACAGUAUUCCAUGUAGCAUUUUCACAGACUAGACUUUCGGAGAAGCCAGACUUUAGCGGGGUGCGCCGAGCGAGAGCUAACGCAGAAGCUCUACCGUACCUGAAGACUUGUACGUCUGUCGUUUGGGACCUGCUCUUCGGCCCGCUUGGACCUUAGCAAGCCGCGGGAUCCUUUCGAUCGGGGGGACGUCGGCUCCGCUGGCCUCUCCUCGGCUGCCCUACAGCGGACACCAUCUACCCGUGCUCCGUUCCUCACGACUGGUGUCACCUUAUAAGCUUGUUGAAAGUGAACGAAUGAAUACAUGAAAUCUUAGGUAGGUAGGUAGUCUAGCUUUAUUUUUAUAUGAGAGGCUCGAGAGGACGAGGUUAAGAGAGUAAAACUAUACAGAUGUAAUAUAUUGGCAUCGUCGCAGGAACCGUUGCCGAUGUUUCCAGAGCAGAAAAUGAAGUUGAGCCCAUUGAAAUGGCUUCAGUGAGGCUUGCUUUGAAUGUUCAAAUUCCAUCUUUCUUUUUUUUAUUUUUAAGAAAAAUUGUGAAGAAAAACAUUUUAAUAUGUUGCAUUACUGGUGUCAACUUUUUGGUAAACUGUAUUCUAAUCUGUCUCCGAUGUCAAUCGAACCCUUUAAUCGAUUUCAAUAUGAUGCAUAUGUAUGAGCAUGUUAAUGAGAUGUGAAGUGUCUUCCAUUUCAUACCUUCUCAUUAUAUUGUUACCUUUUAUUUUCUGGGCCUGUUUUUAAAUUAGGAUUCUUAUUAUUGUUACUUCCUUAAAGAAGAAAUGCAACCGUUUGCCCCUCGGGUAAACCAAGGGAGAGAAGUGUCCGUAUUGUUAUUUUUGUAAUUUAUUAUUAACCCAUUGUAGUACCAAUUUACUGAUUGUUUUUCAUGACAAAUGUCACUGGCCUUCAGUGAGCGUUACAGGCGAACUGCAAGGAGGAUCGCUGUAUUAAAGAACAAGAAACAAUUCUAUCUUUUAUAGAAAUACGUCAGCUUUAGGUGUAAAUCUAGCAGAAAACAACAAAAGCAUGACCCGUGUGCUGUUUGUAAGCCUCCGAAAUGCACAGCUUGAAAACCUGUCCUUCAGGAUUAUUAAAAGAAACUGCAUAAAUAAACAAAUGCGGUUUUUAUAUAUAUAUAUAUAUAUAUAUAUAUAUAUAUAUAUAUAUAUAUAUAUAUAUAUUAGUUGAAUGUUUCUGAGAUGCUGCCUGUCUAUAGCAAUCCUCUAUGACCAUGGACUGUUGUUAAAGAGUUUGCAUACGCUGAAAAUGAGCUAUACAUCUUUUGUUACU